AGCCUCAAGCAGAGGAGCAGGCUGCCUCCUCGAGGGCAAUGCGAGCAAGACCAGGGGAGCUGUACAGAUGCAAAACCGUCCACCAGCAGCAAGGAGGAGUUGUGAUGUGCAGAAUUAUUGAACAUAUUCUAAGAUAAACUGUGAUACUGAAUAAAUGUGAUAUGCCAAAGAGGUAAGUUAGGGCCUGUUAGAAUAAAAAAAAAUAGUAAUAAUAAAUGACUGUGACAUAA